UUCACUUCUGUCUGUAGUUCAUAACUAUCACUGAGAGGUGGAAUGGCGCAUGGAGGAGUUCAGCUGGACCGGGAAAACUUCUCUUGUCCCAUCUGUCUGGAUCCCCUGAAGGACCCGGUGACUAUCCCCUGUGGACACAACUACUGCAAGGACUGUAUUCAAAGCUUCUGGGAUGGAAAGCUAAUCUACGGCUGCCCUCAGUGUAGAAAGAGCUUCACACCGAGGCCUGUCCUGCUGAAAAACACCAUGUUAGCAGCUUUAGUGGAGGAGCUGAAGAAGACUGGACUCCAAGAAGCUCCUGCUGAUCACUGCUAUGCUGGAGCUGAAGAUGUGUCCUGUGAUGUCUGCACUGGGAGGAAACUGAGAGCCUUCAGGUCCUGUCUGCAGUGUGUGGCCUCUUACUGUGAGACACACCUCCAGCCUCACUUUGAAUCAGCUGCAUUACAGAAACACAAGCUGGUGGAGCCCUCCAAGAAGCUCCAGGAGAACGUGUGCUCUCGUCACGACGAGGUGAUGAAGAUGUUCUGCCGCACUGAUCAGCAGUCCAUCUGUUAUCUCUGCUCUUUGGAGGAACACAAAGGCCACGACACAGUGUCAGCUGCAGCAGAGAGGACUGAGAGGCAGAGAGAGCUGGAGGGGAGUCGACUCAACAUCCAGCAGAGAAUCCAGGACAGAGAGAAGGAGGUGAAGCUGCUUCAAGACGAGGUGGAUGGAAUCAGUCGCUCUGCUGAUAAAGCAGUGGAGGACAGUGAAAAGAUGUUCACUGAGCUGAUCCAUCUCAUGAAGAAGAGAAGCUCUGAAGUGAAGCAGCAGGUCAGAUCCCAGCAGGACAGGGAAGUGAGUCGAGUCAAAGAGCUUCAGGAGAUGCUUGAGCAGGAGCUCAGGGAUCUGAAGAGGAGAGACGCUACGCUGGAGCAGCUCUUACUCACAGAGGGUCACACCCAGUUUCUGCACAACUUUCUGCCAGCUCUCACUAAACACUCAUCCAGCUUCAACGUCCGUCCUCUCAGAUACUUUGAGGACGUGACAGCGACCGUGUCAGAAGUCAGAGAUAUACUACAGGACGUACUGAGGGACAACUGGGCCAACAUCUCACUCACGGUCAGUGCAGUGGAUGUUUUACUGUCACCACCAGAGCCUGAGACCAGAGCUGGAUUCUUAAAAUAUUCACGUGAAAUCACUCUGGAUCCAAACACAGCACACACUCGGCUGUUAUUAUCUGAGGGGAAUAGAAAAGCUACUGUAACGAGAGAAACACAGCCCUAUCCCAGUCACCCAGACAGAUUCGCUUUUAACGAGCAUGUCCUGAGCCGAGAGAGUCUGACUGGUCGUUGUUACUGGGAGGUGGAGCGGAGUGGAGGUCUUUCUAUAGCCGUCGCUUACAAGGAAACCACCAGAUCAGGGGGGUUGAAUGAUUCUAGCUUUGGACACAAUGACACAUCCUGGGCUUUAGAGUGUUACAAAAAAAGUUAUACAUUCUGGUACAACAAUAUCAAAACUCCCGUCUCAGGUCCCUGGUCUAGCAGAAUCGGAGUUUACCUGGAUCACAGUGCAGGUAUUCUGUCCUUCUACAGCGUCACUGACACCAUGACCCUCCUGCACCGAGUCCAGACCGCCUUCACUCAGCCGCUGCAUGCUGGACUUUGGCUUUAUUAUUAUUCUGGAGACACCGCUGAGUUCUGUAAACUCAAAUAGACAGAAGUGAUUCACUGGGUUCUCAAACGUUUUCCUUGAGGAAGCCCUUUGUUAUCAUUAAGUGAACUAACACUGCUGGCUGAUUGUUGUGGUGUUUCUUCAGCUGUCAAUCAAACAUGAGGGGCGGUACCUCUAUCUGUAGUUGUUGUGUAAGUGUUUGACUUUCUUUAGCUGUGUGUUCAGCCAUGGAUGCUCUCACUGCUCAUGGUGUUUCUCUGCAGGAACUCUUCUCUGUGUCCACAUGUCGGAGGAAGAUUUGUAUUCAUGUGUUUCUUUGCUGCUGUUUCUCUUCCACUGCAGGGCUCUGCAGAGAGGAAGCAGCAGACCUCCUUUAUCCUGCACACUUUGUUCUCUCUGUGAGCAUUUGUAACGUCUAUAACCCCAUGUGUUUGUUAUUAUAAGUUUUAUAGAGGUGUAAUCAUCCUGAUCAUAAUCAAUAAGGAGAGGAUUCAUGAUGUUUUCUUACAGAGCGGAGAUUGUGCUCAGACAGUGAUUGUGUGGAUUAGUCAGCUGUGAUUACGGGAACAUUCAUAACUCUUGUAUUGCUUCUGUAUCACUGCAGAUAGUUAUUAUCAUAACAUUAAUCAUGACAAGUUAUUUUAUUUAGCAGUAAAAUCAAAGAACGUUGUACAAAUCAAUAGCAUAAAGCUCAGUGUGAAAUCUGCAGUUUGAAGAUUAUAAAGGACAACCUUUGUGGACAGUAGUUGCUAUGUUUACCCAGCAUGCUCUCUGUUUGUGUUGAUCAGAUUUUGGACACUUUAUGAUGUCAUAACGAUGUUUUGCUUGUCUAACCAUUAGCC